UUAAAAGUUUGAGGUUUGACAAUAAAUCCAUUUUAUUAUGAAGAAGCAUUUUAACACAGAUAGAAAAAUCGGUUCAAAGAAAAUUAUUCAAAAUAAUGCAAAAAUAUGAAAAAUUGGAGAAGAUUGGAGAAGGAACCUAUGGAACAGUAUUUAAAGCCAAGAACAGAGAAACACAUGAAGUUGUCGCCUUAAAGAGAGUGCGUCUGGAUGAUGACGAUGAGGGUGUUCCAAGUUCAGCUUUGAGAGAGAUUUGCUUGUUAAAAGAACUGAAGCACAAGAAUAUUGUGAGGUUACAUGAUGUCCUUCACAGUGAGAAGAAACUGACCCUGGUGUUUGAGUAUUGUGACCAGGAUCUAAAGAAGUACUUUGACAGCUGUAACGGGGAGAUAGAUCAGGACAUUGUUAAGUCCUUCAUGUACCAACUGCUAAGGGGACUGGCCUUCUGUCACAGUAACAAUGUACUACACAGAGAUCUGAAGCCCCAGAAUCUACUGAUAAACAAGAAUGGUGAACUGAAACUAGCAGAUUUUGGUUUGGCUAGAGCAUUUGGAAUACCAGUGCGGUUUUAUUCUGCCGAGGUGGUUACGCUGUGGUACAGACCUCCCGAUGUUCUGUUUGGAGCCAAAAUGUACUCGACUUCCAUUGACAUGUGGUCGGCGGGCUGUAUAUUUGCAGAAAUGACCAAUGCUGGCAGACCACUCUUCCCAGGCAAUGAUGUGGAAGACCAGCUCAAAAGAAUUUUUAAGUAUCCUUUAAAACCUCAAAAAGAGAUGGCUAAAAUAGGCUUUGCCUGCAGCACAAUCCCAUUUACUUUCAUUUGUGAAUACUUUUUUAUAAAUAAACAAAUAAUCCUUGACAUUGUAAGAUUGCUUGGAACACCCACAGAGGAGUCCUGGCCAGUACAACAUGGAUGCAAGUGGUCCCCAAAGUUAAAUCCAAAGGGACGUGACCUCCUACAGCGGCUCCUGAUCUGUAACCCACCAGGACGACUGUCGGCCGAGGAGGGCAUGCUUCACCAAUACUUCAGUGACCUUGACCCUGCCAUUAAACUUGCUACAGAUAACUCCGCACUCAUUGUACAAGGGAGAUAACCCAUUAGGUUCAUUUUAGGAGACAACAAAUUCUAGUCAAGAGUGUAUGAUCUCAUCGCUUAGGGAAUGUACAUGUGAAUUGUUCCUGGCAUAUUGAAGGGGUGUAAAAUGUUUAUUCUUGGCUGAAUUUUAAAAGAAUGGUCAUCUAAAGAGAUUGUCAAAAGACGUGUUAUUUUUAGUUUGUAUAAAGAUGUGAUUUACAUGUAUAUGCAGCUGAGUAAUUCAGUGGGAAACCAAUUUCAGCUCCAAAAACAAGCAUGUACAUAUACAAGGAAAAUUUGAAUUAAGCAUUGUUUGUACAUAAAAGUAGUGAAUUGAGAAGGAAAAGGGAACGUUUUUCAGAAGAUGUAUGGCUGUGAUUUGUUUGAACAUGUUUUGUUAUAGAUGUAAAUAAUUUACAUUAAUUUAUAAUU